AUGGCAAGCACGGCAUCCACAGCCGACAGCAACAGUGUAGGCCUAGAAGAGCGAUACCUUGCCAAGAAAAGAGGGCCACUCGUGGUCCCAGUAGGAGGCUUGGAGUGCAGCUCAGAGCCGAGGACCGGCCUCAAGUACGUCGGCCAGUUCGAGGUCGACAAGUUCCACGGCAAAGGCAGGCACGUCUGGCCGGAUGGCAGCUCCUAUGAAGGCGACUGGCGAAAUGGAAGAAAGCAGGGCCAAGGCACUUACAUCAGCGAAGAGAACCUCAAGUACACGGGAGCCUGGCAUGAUGGAAAGCGGCACGGCAAGGGCAUUCAGGAAUAUGCAAACGGCGAUUCCUACGAUGGAUGGUGGUACAACGGCCAAUGCAGCGGCCUGGGCAUCUACUACUUCGCCGACGGCUCCCAGUACCGAGGGGCCUGGAGUCAUGGGAAGUACGAUGGCGAGGGACUUCUCUAUCUCGCGAAUGGAGAUCGGGAGCGGCUGACUUACCUGAAUGGCCGGCUGAUGAAACGCGAAGUUCUGACACCGUCUCCACCACCACAAGUUGGUAACAGAACGAAGCCGGGCAUCUUCUGCGGCAUCCAUCUUUCCCAAGAUCGGGUAGACAUGAUGAUGCCCACCGUGCGCCAGCAGAACCACGGAGAUGUACAGUUGUUGAUCAAGAGAGACUGCGACAUGUACGACUUGUCGGCCCCUCCUAUUCGCCUUCCAGGGCAGAAGUCUGCUACCGAGAAGAUGGCUGAUGACCUGCUGGGCACUUCCAUCGAUACGGUGACUGGUGGCGACACUGUGGGCGAUUAUAGCAGUGUGCUCACAUCUGGCCCAUCCAUGGACGAACCUACCUUCCUCACGGGAUCCUGA